UAAAGUCAGGCCGCCGAGGCUCCCGGGGGGAGGAGGAGGAGGAGGAAAACACUCUGAGAGGAGGAGACAGUUCUGAGAGGAUGGGAGAGGCGAGAAGGAGAAGGAGACCAUCUAUCUUCUGUCACUUUUCAGUAUCCAGCUGGGUUUCUGGUGUCUGAGGAUUUUCAUUCUGUUCCGCUGGGAUUUUGUUUCCUUAGUGACGCUCGUGACAAAACCUAACUCUAAAAUCAGUGAAGGGUGGAGGAGAACGAGGUCAUGGCCUCCUGGUUCAGCUGGAAUGAGCCUUAUUAUCGGAGCCCCCGCAAAGACCCGGCCGACGUGGUCACCGACACCCUGAUGCUGGAGUUCAGCUGGCAGCUGAAGGAAACCGAACGACUGCAGAAGGAGAGGGAGAACGAGUACCGGCGCCUGAAGAGCGGAGUGGAUUACAGCUGGCUGGCCAGCAUGCCUCGCUCCUCCUUCAACAUCAGCACCGGGGAGAGGCUCGCUCUGGAGGACCUCUGCGCCAAGGUGCCCCCAUCCUGCUGCGGACUGGUCAUCCUCAAAUUUAGGGAUGUUCUGCAGGCCAACGAGCCAGAGGUGCAGGACGUGUCCGGCCUCUUCCGAUCCGUCCUCCUGGAGGCUCUGGAACAGCUGAAGGAGGAGAAGGAGGCGCAGCGGCUGUCCCGCCAGUGGAACAACAAACGCGCCAUGAGUAUGAAUUUCAGGUCCCGGCUCAAGAUCAACCCUUUUGGGAGCACGGUGGACCUCACCUCCGCCGUGGCCAACGGGACCGGGAUGAGUGAUCUGAAGACCGUGUCAGAGGACGUGGAAAAAGGGACGGCGAGGGAGGAGAGGCUGCAGAAGAUGAGGAGCAUGCCCGACUUCAAAUACAAUGGAACCGGCAGCAGUAAACUCACCUGAUACGAAGCAUUUAACAGACAAUGACAGGUCUAGACAGGUGGAGGGAGUAAUAAAGUAUUCUAGUACGUUCCACUAGGCCAAGGAAAGAUUUGUCUUCAGCACCACUCAGCCGGCUUCACCUGUUGUGACAGGUUAAAGGCAGGCCUCUCUUAAUCAUCCGUACCUUGAUUCAAGGUUUUCAGCACUUGAAACAGUUCUACAUGUUGCCUGAGAUUAUCUUUUGCAAUUAUUUGUCGUCGUUUAGUAGAACAGAUGCUUUAAGCUUUGAGGGUUGUUUGCUGUAACCAAAUAGGAGCUAUUCUUGUGAUUAAAAUGCUUUUUGUUCAAGAAUUACAUUUUUUAAAUCUCAAUUAUCCAAAAAGAAAUGGUAUAAAUGAAUAAAUGAAUAUUAAUGGGACAGUUUCA